AUGGGAGUUACCACAGCUAUUACUCCAGCCAUUGUAGGCGCUUUACGAUGCCAGAAAGAUUCUUAUCUGCAAACGCUCGACACGGAAGUCGUAUCGUGCGAGGAAUUCGUGCUGCCAAAGUCCUCACAGCCAAAUGGCAAGUCAAAGACGAAGAAGUCCACAGAUCCUACCAAGGGCCUUGAGAGUGGGGAUGUAGCAGGAAGCAGAAUAUGGCUUGUUGAGCUCGCAGACUCAGUACUAUUCCCAGAAGGUGGUGGCCAGCACACAGACUACGGCGUGCUCACCAUCCUCAAAGACGAGCGCAAAGAAGAUAUCCCGAUAAGAAGCAUGCAACGUCAUGGUCUCCGUUGCAUCCACUUCUCCCCUGCACCACUUGAGCCUGGAACACCAGUUCGUCAAACUGUCGAUUUCGCCCGUCGCUGGGAUCUCAUGCAACAGCAUACCGGUCAGCAUCUCCUCUCCGCCGUCAUGGACUCUAUGGAUCUAGCCACCCUUGGGUGGAGUAUGGGUCAACCCGGAGAGAUGAACUACGUUGAACUGCCACGGAAACCGUCAGAAGAGGAGCUUCAAACCAUCCAAACGGAAUGCAAUGCCAAGAUCAGGAAGAGUAUGCCUAUUACAGUGGAAACACCAGAAGGCAAGGGAAGCGACAGCCUACCAGAAGACUAUGACAAAGAGAAAGGCGUUGUACGGUUCAUCAAGAUUGGUGACAUGGAUUAUAACGCUUGUUGCGGGACGCAUCUGCAAAACUCGUCGCACAUCAACAUCAUAUUAUUACACCAUAUGCAGUCCGUACGAGGCACCAACUGCCGGCUAUUCUUCACCGCGGGAGAUCGUGCGAUAAAGAUGGCUACCGAGUCGAUCACCGGUCUUCGCUCCAUUGCUGUGUCAUUAUCAUCUGGUUCUGCCCCUGCAGACGUCGCGGCUGGUGUGCAAAGGAUAAGCGACCAAGUCUCCGAAGGACGAAAGAAAGUCAACAAGUUACUAGCUGAGAUUGCAGCAUUUGAGGGAGACCGCAUAAGGAGCCAUAUGCAAGGCCAGACCACCGCAUUCAUGCAUCGUGGAGCGGAUGGUCUCGAUUUCAUCAAUCUAGUCCUUUUCGAAAUCAAGGAUUUCGUUAAAGAGCGAGAAGUUGUCGUUGUGCUGUGUUCGGGUGAGAUUAAGAGCUCCGGAUCCAUUGUUGUGUUUGGCAAACCAGACUUGGUAGAGAAGAUGGCCGUGAAGGUCAAGGAAGUUGUGAGCACAGCGAAGGGUGGUGGCAAAGGUGAGAAGUGGCAGGGCAAGGUUACCGAGUGGCAAAAGGGUGAAAUCGAAGCAUUGAGAGAAGCUGUUCACAAGCAGUAG